AUGAAGAACGACACAACUGUUUAUAGGUCUGUAUAUGAAGCGUUAGAAUAUAUGUUGAAUUAUAAUCCCGAAAGAUUUGACCCAAGCACUACGUCAUGUACAAUGCCUUUUAUUAAGGAUGGUGAAAUCGUAAGAGUUCCGGAUUCAACGGUUUACACAGCUGUUCAAAACAGUUUACAAAACAUUUUAGCGAAUAUCUUUAAUUCAGAAACUACAGAAAUAAAAUUACCAUAUAUAACAGAUGCUAAAGAAAUUAAAUCAAAAACGACAACAUUAUUUACGUCACUUAAUGAUUUAAUGACUUAUAUCAUUAAUAUUCCUGCACCAACUACAGCAUUUGAUCCAAACUCGACGGUUUGCAGUGUACCUUUCAUAAAGUCGCAAACGGACUCUUUGAGUCCUGAAGGUCUUUCAGACCGAAGCGACCAGGGCGAAGCCCAUGACAGUUCAUUAAUUGUUUUAAGGGAUUCAACAGUUAAUGAAUCAUUAAAGGCGUCAUUAAUGAAAAUCAUUGAUUUUAACUCAUUCACGAAUACAUAUAAUUCAUUCAUUAAUGUUUCAUAUGCUUCUAAAGAAGGUGAGCCAAAAACUAUCGAUAAAGCGGUGUAUGAAAUAAAAGCAUCAACGACGAAAUUGAAUUCGUUAACUUUUGACGGUGAUAGUUUCGUUAAUGACAUAACAUCGGGGAAAACAAUUUUAACGAAAGAAUAUUUAAAAUCUCAUGUUAGUGAGUUCGUUGAAAUUGAAAAAGAAGGUGGAAUUAAGUUCGAUCCACUGAAUUUCAUUUUCAGCUUAGCGAAUGCGGGUGUUAGUUUCGCUGAAUGGACAACUAUACAGAGUGAAAUAAAUGCAAUAUGGACGUUUUUGGGGUCAAAAGCGGGAAUGGGUGAGCUUGUAAAUGCUGCAAGAACAUUAGGUGAAACAGGAAAUUUUGUAGAUGGUUUUAAAAGACUUGUUUCAAAUGUUUUAACAAACACAAAGAAAUUAUUUAGAUAUACCAUACAUAACGGACGGAUUUUCGAACAGGUAGCAACAAACCCUCCGGUUAUGGCUGCGUUGAUGAUG